ACCCGGAAAUUGCAGACUAAUACUUCCGAUGCCAACAUGGCGUUUACAUUUUAUUCGUUGAUCGAAGCGAUGAUUUUAUGUUUGAAUGCCGUCUGUAUCCUUCAUGAAGAACGAUUUCUUUCAAAAUUUGGCUUGGGUUCAGACCAGCGAGGUUUUGGUGAAAGUCCUGGUACAAAGACUCAGCUUUUAAAUCUUAUUCGUUCUAUUCGCACAGUUAUGAGAUUUCCAUUGAUAGGCAUAAACAUUGUAGUAAUCCUUCUCAAGAUGGUGCUGGGCUAAUGAGACAGUUUGAUAUUACAUGGAAUUCUUCACCUUCGAGAUGGACGAAAAACAACACCAGUUCUGUCAGUAACUGGAGAAUUGCUUGAUGGAUGUUACAGCUUGUGUGCUUGACAAUAAGUGCAGUGCUGGCUGCUGCCAUGUUUGUCUUGCCUUUAAAAUAAAAAAAGGCGAGAUAUAGAUAAUACUUUUCUGAUGACGGAGAUGUUUAAACAUUUAACGUUAAGUUUCAUGUUUACAUCAGUUUCUCUCAAACUAUGAGUCCUAGGUCAAUAAAAUUUGGUUUAUAGUUGCACCUAUGGAUGCUAAUCAUGGAAAAUGUUUAUGGUAGGUGACACAUUUAAAUGACAAGCAAAGUAAAAAGAUUUAUCUUGCCAUAGAAUGUGUAUGAUGUGAUGCCUGUACUUGGUUGCUGAAAUGAUGACUAGAAAUUGAAGGCAAUGUCUUGGUAUCUUGAUUGUUUUCUCUGCAGAUAAUAAGGAUUUAGAGGUGAUGCAAUUAUUAACUAAGAAAUUUCAUGUCAGAUUCAGCAAAGGAAAAUAAUAAUGUAUUAUUUAGCAGAACCCGUCACAAGGUUUAAAAUACUCCCUCUUGGUUUGUUUUAUCAACAAUGGGUAGACCCAGGAGAUAUUUUAGGGAGGGGACCAAGGACAAAAUGGCUAACCCCUGAAAAAAGCACUUUAAUAUAUAAAAAAAAAUAUGGAAUUAUGGAAUGAAAAUUGUAAAAAAAAUGGAUAAAAAAGGGGCAUUUGAAUUUUUUAAGGGGGUGGGGGCAUUGGCUGCUUAUCCUUGGUAUUACUACUUGACAUUUCAUUUUAUCUUAGAGCCAUUUCAUCAUGUACACAACCAUUCACAAUUCUAGUUAUCAAUGUGCAAAAGGUUUAAACAGCAUUCUGCUCUUUUUGACAACAAAUGAUAAAUGAACUUGGGUUAGUCCUUAAGUAAAUGUUGUAGUAAAUUGUGACUUGCUGCACAUAGUUUGUAUGGAGGUGCCUUGACAUUACAGUGUCUAAACUCUGUGGCAGCUAUAGGCCCACUUUCCUUUACCAUGAUUCUACGCACGCGGAUUAAUAGAUAGUUUGAUUUUGUUAAAGUGUACCUUUAACUUGUAAAAGUUGUUUUGUUUUGUUUAACGACACCACUAGAGCACAUUGAAAUAUCAGUUGAAUAUCAAAAUUUUAUCUAAGUAAAUCUUUUGCAUUAUGACGUCACCACACAAACAAAUUACUCAUCCAUCGAUCGAUCAUAGACUUUUUUUUUUAGCACACUGAAUACUCGCGCAUAAAAUUGUAUAUAUGGAAAAGGUACUAAGUACAAGGUACAUUCACUAUAUCAAUAAAAGUGGCUCGUAGUCCAGUGGUAAAGUGCUCGCCUGAUAUGCAGUCGGGUUAUGAUCGAUCUUCAUCGGUGGACUCAUUGGGCUAUUUCUCAUUCCAGCCAGUGCACUACUACCGGUAUAUCAAAGACUGUGGUAUGUGCUGUCCUGUCUGGGAUUGUGCAUAUAAAAGAUAUUUUACUACUAUGUCAAAGUUUCCAAAUGUUUGACAUCCACUAGCCAAUGAUUAUAAUAUAACUGUGCUCUAGUGGUGUCGUUAAACAAAAACAGACUUAUUUUUAUAUCAAUAAAACUUGUGUUAAAGGAAAGCGGACCUUAGUCCCUAGAGGUUUUAAAAGUUAAGUAAGCACUGGACCUGAUUUUUAUAACAACGUAACACUCAUUAUGCUCAGGUGGCAUGCAUUACAUGAUGCAGGUGUCCAUGACAAUACACAAUAAAUUCCAUAUGAUUUGUAAAUAGUUUAUUUCAAUGCUCUGUGAAAGUGUGUAUUAUUCUUUGAAAGUAUUAACAGUUGGCAUAUUUGGGUUGCUUUUUCUGUUUGCCGAGGUGUUCAAAACGAACAGUGAUAAUUUUCAGGAUAUGGGGGGAAUAAACGGUGAUGGGUGUGUGCAUAUUCAUUGCUCAAAUUCAAUUGCAUUUUCUCCAGAUUUAGAUUUUCAAAAUACGUUGAAAUCUCUCUAAACCGGACACCCGUGGGACCAAAGUAAAAAAUCUUUACUGAUAUUUAAAAAGGAACUCUGUAAAAUGUCAGGUUUCGAUGUAAUUCUGCUUUACUGAGGGUUCAGGUUUGAGAGGUCUCGCUGUAUAUGAAAAUAAAUUAGUUUUUCGUUUGUGUUUGUAAAUCAUGUCGCACAUUCACUUUUAUAAUUAAUUUUUAUUAUUAUUGCAUUUGCACAACAAACCAUCUUAUGAUUGUGUCACAAGAUGCCGUUCUGUUCCAGAUGACAGAUGCAAAAUUAAUAAAUGUGCAUGUACAUA